CCAACAUCCAGAUCAUUAUCAAAAGAACAACAACUAGAAGCAGUACGUAGUUGUCAAUCGUUCUCUCAGAAAAACAAAUACUUAAGUGCUAUCUAAAGCUACUACAUCUAAACCGAGCGACUACUAAAAUUUACUUAGUCUGAACCACGACGCUCACACAACAACAAGAUGACUGCAGGCCAUCGUGCCGAAAUCACGCUUCGUGGUUCAGUGGAAGUGAUCACCGAAUUUUUUCACUAUGCUUUGAACAACAUUCUAUACCAGCGCUGUGUCUACCCAGCGAGCCUCUUUCGACAGGAGAAGAAAUACGGUCUGUCUUUGAUGAUAUGGCAAACAAGUAUGAUGAAGAUUCACAUUUUUAACAUCUUCAGUAAGAUUAGGAUUAUGUUGGUUUCCAUUUCCAUCGUUCUCUUUCUUAUUCUCCCUCUCCCACCUAAUUCCGAACGACCUCUUCUAAUGCUAGUAACGCAAGACGAAAAGUUGCAGGAGUAUCUCACCAGUGUGUUGUCGCAGAUGGACAAAUGGUUGACGGCUGGGCACGUGCAGCGAUUAGUGCUUGUUUUCGUUUCUGCAGCAACCAAGGAGGUCCGCGAACGUUGGACCUUUAACGUGCAGCAAGAACGGGAUGCGGUUACUGGAGGUACUUGUCGUUGUCUCUGGUUGUACUGAAGAGGACUCUCUUGUUUAUGGUUUCACAAGAAGAUGAAGAAAUCCAAUUUGUUAACUCUGUUGUACUCAUAUUAAGAUGAAUUUUGAACAGGGGUGCCAUCGGGAUACCCAUAUUCGCCAGGACCUCUAUCAAUCGCCAGGACCUCUAUCAUAUUCGCCAGGACCGCAAAAUUUGAUACAUAAACUACAACAGCCCCAGUAAUGAGCAGUGCUGGCAGUGGGAAAACGUUGAAGGAUGUGACCCGAGAAAUCCAAGGGAUCAUGCGCCAGAUCACUGCGAGUGUGAGCUUUCUCCCUGUCGUCGACGAAAUCCUCGCAUUUGACUUGCUCGUAUACUGCGCGAAAGAGACUUAUGCUUCGAUGAUGAUAAGAGUGAACUCUGCUCUCUGCAACUCAAUUUUCGCUGAUCCCUAAGGAUCAUAUAAUCAGUGUAUUACUGUAAAUUUCAAGGACCUUCUGCGGUGUCUUCAUCAAAGAUCGCUUCUUUCUAUCAUGCUUUGCUUACUCCAGCUCUUCUAGCGCGGCACUUUCUCAUGCGAUGUUCUUACUUCACUGCAAUUACAAAAUACUAAUGGUUGUUCCUUAUUUGACACCUUGUUCUUCAUUCUUCUAAGAAAAGCAUGUUCCGCGUGCAUGGGAGGACAGUGCGCCACUGUGCAUCCCCAUGCGCAAUCAGCAGGACGUGAGGCUCGCGAGCUUCUCGACCACGGUGCAUCGCGUUGACACAAUGGUCACGUACAGGUGCGAUGACGACGUUGAUUAAGGCUGUACCUAAUACAUCUUUGGGCGCAUCCUUGAAACGUAUGGAGGAGUAUCCUAAGGGAAUGCUCCCCCAUACUUUUCAAGGAUGCACUUGAAAGAUGAACAAUUACGGACAGCUCUAAGUUGAGGGAGAUGCUUCGAUGCUAGGCAUCGCUGAAGAGAACAAGAGCGUCAAUAAUGGGAAAUCUUCUGAGACGUAUGCAGCAGAAGCUGGAUCGAUGUUGAGCGACAAAAUGGACGUCGUGCUCAACUGAUGAACGACUACAGGAUUUGAUAAUUCGUUCUUGGACUAAAAUCUUAUGAUCAUAUCGUUAUCGGGAAAAGACACGUCGACGUGCAUGUGUUGCUGAUUGAUAUCCACGACGCAUGAAAAAAAUGAACCUGACUGACAACAACAAGUCUUCACAAUUAGGACUCUGGCAUCUAUUCAGCAUGGGGUAUGACAUGUACUUAGAAGUAUUCGUUCUCUUUCAGCUCCACCUGAUACAUUUAAUUGUUCUUCAUGAUUAUCCACAUAUGUAAGUAUCCUUCUGUUCUUUCUGAGUCUCAUCAAUCUCUGAUUAGAAGAUUACACCACUUCUAGAGCUACCGUGAAUCCUGGAUUGUUUUCUGCGCUGACGGUUUUGCAAUCAUUUCAUCGAGGACUACAUCUGCAUGUGGUGCUGUUAGAAGACAAAUUUAUCAUCACACAAAUUUAUCAUCAUGAAGACCAAGUAGACACAUUGAUUCAGAGGACAAGCUUAAUACGCAAUAGCUCAAACAACUUAAGUGAACAACGACGUGCUGGAAUAAAGAUAUGAUGAAUUAUCACGACUUGAAAUCCACAAAACGAACCUGCACGAAGUAGAGCACUUUCGCGAAACCCGUAGAUAAACCAAUCCCCAAACAAGAGAUAAAUGAACAUUUCCCGCAAAAUACGAAACUUUACUGCACUAUGCGCAAAGGUGGACAAAAAGCUAGUCAUGUAGAAGCAAGGUGAAGAAGUUGCCCCAAUGCUGCGACUGGCGUUUCC